AUGGAGACUAAGCCUAUCUUAUCGGUGACUAAAAAAGUAACGCGGUCAUGGUUAAUUGAUAAAGUAUUACCGGCUAUUAGAGAGAAAUGGCCACAAGAUCAUACCGGUCCAAUAUUCAUUCAACAAGACAACGCGAAGCCACAUAUUAGUAUCGACGACGAACAAUUCGUUCAAGAAGCAUCUCGAAAUGGGUUUGAUAUUCGACUUCGAUUUCAACCUCCAAAUGGCCCAGAUUUAAAUGUGUUAGAUCUCGGGUUUUUUCGCGCUAUUCAGUCACUUCAAGAACAAGAGGUUUUAGGAUCAAUCGAUGAAUUGGUUCAUGCGGUCGAAACUUCUUUUCACCGAAUGUCAUCACAUGAGCUUAACAAUGUUUUUUUGACUCUACAAACAUGCAUGAAAGAAAUCAUGAAGGUACAUGGGAGCAACAACUAUCAAACGCCACAUAUCGGUAAACAUAGAUUAGAACGUCAAGGAAGGUUACCGUUGCAAAUCGAGUGUGAUAGUAAUUUGAUUGAUGAAGCGAUUUCAUGUUUAAAUCACUAG